UUUAUUUCAUUUUUAUAAGUCCAGGGGCCUUUGUUGCUAAACAGGACAGGGAAUAAGGCAUAAGAUGUGAUGAUAAUUAUUAGAGGUUCAAUAUAUUGAGAACCAUUUUCUUGGAAGAGAAAAAAAAAAAAAAGAAAAAAAAAAUAAAGGAGAUGAAGAAGUGUGAGCUCUGUGACUCUCCAGCAAAGAUGUUCUGUGAAUCUGAUCAAGCUAGCCUUUGUUGGGAUUGUGAUGCUCAGGUUCAUGGCGCAAACUUCCUGGUUGCUAAGCAUUCAAGAAGGCUUCUUUGCCAUGUCUGUCAGUCUUUAACGCCUUGGAGUGGCUCUGGACCGAAGCUUCUUCCUACUGUCUCGGUUUGUGACAGGUGUGUGAAUAGUUGCAAUCAAAAUGAGGGAAGAAAUGAAGAAAAUGAUGGCGAUGAUGAUGAUGAUCUUGAUAGAGACGACAACACUGAAGAUGAUGAUGAUGAUGGUGGUGAUGAUAAUGAUGAUGAUGGUGGUGAUGGUGAUGAGGAUCAAGGUAAUAUUGAUGAAGAUGAUGAAGAAAAUCAAGUUGUUCCAUGGUCUUCUACACCACCUCCACAAGCUUCAAGUUCUUCAACUAGUGAAGAAGGCCUUUCUGAUUCAAGAAAAGCAUUUUCAUGGAAGCGUAAGCGUGAGAAUGCAGAGUUUCAUUCACAAAAUGAUCAAGGAUGCUGGUCCUCUGAACUGAGCCACAAACACAGUAAAAGAGCAGUGACAAGCAGAUUUGUGAAUGCUGAAACAAGCCAAGACCAAAGACUCUUGUGACUUUCUGAAGAAAUUCGAUCAAACCAUGAUUUCCAAAUGCCAAGGACUUCAUGAUUCCUUAAUGGCAUGUUUACUAACUUAUAGCCCAUUAGUCUGAUUUCAGUUUAGUUUUCUUUUCUCUUCUUUUCUUUUCCUUUCCUUUUCUUCCCCCCCUAAUUGAGGCUUGGAAGCAAAUUUCCUUGUUAUGGUAAAUAUAAUUUCAACUCGGAUUGGGUCCUUAGCAGUCUAUGAUCAUAAAUAUGGUGGAUGGAUUGUACUGUAUUGAAAAGAGAUUUUGUUUUGCUUUUUGUUGCUGUAA